AUGUGGGCUCAUAUUAAAAAUCUUAAAUAUUAUAUUGGAAUAAUUAUUGAAGUCAUUCAUACUAUUAUACAAGCUAUUAGUCAUUAUAUUUUUUCAACAACAGAAAAAAAUAUUCGAAAUGAAAUUGUACUUAUAACAGGAUCUGGAAAUGGUCUAGGUCAACAAAUGGCACUUUUAUUUGCUAAACGAGGUGCUAUUGUUGUUUUAUGUGAUAUUGAUGAAAAUGGAAAUGCACAAACAGCUGAAUUAAUAGCAAAAGAAUUAGCAUUAACACCUAAUAAUGAAAAUCGUGUAUUUACAUAUAAAUGUGAUAUUGGAAAUCGAGAUGAAGUACAUCAACUUUUAGAAAAUAUUGAGAGAGAUGUUGGUGAUAUAACAAUGUUAAUUAAUAAUGCGGCUGUUUUAUCAUCCAAAUCUAUUUUGGAGAUGACUGAAGAAGAAUAUUCACGAUGCUUAAAUGUUAAUCUAUUUGCAGCAUAUUGGUUAAUUCGUCAAAUUCUUCCAUCAAUGAUGACACAUAAUCACGGACAUAUAGUAACAAUACUUGGUACAACAGCUGUAUUUGGUCUGGGAAAUUUUUCAGAUAUAUGUACAGCUAAAUUUGGUCUUGUUGGUCUUAUGGAAAGUGUUGAUCAUGAAUUAACAUUAGGAGGAUAUGAUGGUAUAUAUACUACUUCGGCAGUAACUCAUUAUCUUUCGACAAAUUUAUAUCAACUAGCUAAAACACGUUUUAAUCCAUUGGUUCCACCACUUACACUUGAUUAUGCAGCAAAGAAAAUUAUGCAUGCAAUAUUGAUAAAUCGAAAAUGGGUUUGUGUACCACGUUUCUAUUAUUUAAUACCAUUAAUAAAAGGUAUAUUACCAUCUCGUGCAUUUCUUAUUCUUCUUAAUGCAUUUAUUAAUCCAAAAAUACCGAUUUAUAUUCGAAAAGAAUCAAUUGAUAAAUUAAACAGAGUUGAUUCUUUAUCUCCAACAUUUCAUGGUAAUCAAUCAAAUGGUCUUUAUCAUCAUGCUCAUCGAAAACGUAGUUAUCUUAGUACAUGUGAUUAA